AUGAAGGUUUCCAUCGUCCUUUCCACUGUUCUCGCUGUCGCGGCCAUGGCCACCCCUAUCAACAUUGCCAACCAGGCACGCUUUGUGGGCGGCUAUUCGACCGUUGCAAUUCCCAGCGAUUAUCAUCCCACCGAUAUCUCCAGCGUUGCUCCGAGCUCGUUCUCUACCCUUGGCUCUAGCUCCGUCCUCGAUGAGAUCACUACUGCCGCUGACUCCUCUUCAGAGGAUGAGUCCUCCAUCAUUUCGGAGGACGACUCUAGCGACUACUCAUCCAUUGCGGAUUCUUCAGCUGAGGAAAGCACAGCCGCUGAGACCACUGGUGCUGAUUCAUCAGUUGCUGAGUCGACUCCUGUUGAGACCACCGCUGUUGAGUCAACCGCUGUUGAGACCACUGCUGUUGAGUCGACCGCUGUUGAAUCGACUGUUGCUGAGACCACCGAUGUUAGCGGCAUCCCGACUGACUACUCAUCUGCUGUCGAGACCACUGCUGUCGAGACCACUGCUGUUGAGACCACCGGUGGUGAGACCACUGCUGUUGAGUCGACCGCUGUCGAGACCACUGCUGUUGAGACUACUGCUGUUGAGACCACCGGUGGUGAGACCACUGCUGUUGAGUCGACCGCUGUCGAGACCACUGCUGUCGAGACCACUGCUGUUGAGUCGACCGCUGUUGAAUCGACUGUUGCUGAGACCACCGAUGUUAGCGGCAUCCCGACUGACUACUCAUCUGCUGUCGAGACCACUGCUGUCGAGACCACUGCUGUUGAGACUACUGCUGUUGAGACCACCGGUGGUGAGACUACUGCUGUUGAGUCGACCGCUGUCGAGACCACUGCUGUCGAGACCACUGCUGUUGAGUCAACCGCUGUUGAAUCGACUGUUGCUGAGACCACCGAUGUUAGCGGCAUCCCGACUGACUACUCAUCAGCUACUGAGUCGACUCCUGUCGAGACCACUGCUGUCGAGACCACUGCUGUUGAGACCACUGCUGUUGAGACUACUGCUGUUGAGACCACCGGUGGUGAGACCACUGCUGUCGAGACCACCGGUGGUGAGACCACUGCUGUCGAGACCACUGCUGUUGAGUCAACCGCUGUUGAAUCGACUGUUGCUGAGACCACCGAUGUUAGCGGCAUCCCGACUGACUACUCGUCUGCUGGGGACUCCAGCUCUGUCCUUGAUGAUAUCACAACGGCUGCUGAUUCUUCGGCUGAGGAGACUACCAACGCUACCACUAUCCCCACCGACUAUCCGACUGUGCUUCCUACCGAUAUUCCUGCCACCUCGGAUGUCGAGCUCAGCGAGCUUGAAUCCGACGACGGGUCCAAUGAUGAGGAGAGCGGUUUCCCUGAGAUCGAGCUCCCAUCUGGCCUCCCUUCAGAUGUCAUUGAGCUGAUUGAGAGCAAGAUUGCCGAGGUCGAGAAGCUUUGCGAGGAACGCCGCAGCCGUCACUCCCGCUCCCGCCCUUCGCGCCAUAGCCGUCACCCCCACUCUCGCCACUCCCGUUCCCCUCACUCGCAUAACAGCCAUGGCCGCCCCUCAUACUGGACCAACUUCGGUGUUCCCACUGACAACGUGUACCACGCUAAGCCCACCGGCACCCAUGUCAGAGACUAA